AAGUAGGGGGGGUCACUAGUUCUCUGGAAUAUAAAAAAAAGAGGAAGCAACAACUGACAUCUCUGAUCUUAACUUUGUGCGUCACUCCCUCUGGUUCCUGGGAAUUCACCAAAAGGAAACUGAUCCCAGGUCUGCAGGCAGAUGAGGGCUCUCAGUUUGUCAGAUGUAAUGAGAACAAUUUCCGCUCCUCUCUCAGAUCCUCCAAGCAACGACUGCUGCUCGGUCACACACAGAAUCGAGCUGCACAGAUAAGGUUCAGUCAGACCACAGGACAGUUCAGCCACCCCCCCCCCCUCACUUCCUCAUCAAGAGUCGAAACAGAGCAACAUGAGUUUCCUGUGACGCCACACUGUCUCUGGUCAAUUAGUGUAGCUGUUCGCAUCACUCCGCCACAGACGAGCUCCUGAGUGCAUCUGCUGUUGAGCGGAGAAUUUCUCUGCAGGGGAAGAUUCAGCAACACCUUCCUGCUUGUUCAGAUCUUUAUUGGCGAAAGUGUGCGAUGUCGCUUUCAUGACGUUGGACUCGUUUCAAGACAUACAGCCAUGCUACAGCAACCGGAACUCAUCUUUGACUUUGCCAGUGACCACUUCAGCUCAUCACAGAUGGGGGGUUAUCCAGAGUACCCUGCAGUGGUGGUGGAGCAGGUUCCCCAUCAACACCUGCUGACAUACACCGGUCUGACGGUUGAACACUCGCAGACAGAGGAUCACCACGAGCUGCUUAAAGUGGAGCCAUGUGAGAGCGGAGAGGAGGAGACCAUGGAGACGCUCGUUGCUGCUGACUCACUCCUCAACAUGGACUGCAUCGACACUCUCUCGCUGGAGCAGCACUACUCCCAGGCUUUCUUACCGUCACUGAGCGAUGUCAUCACUGCUCCCGUUACCCAGGUAACCGUGUCCGCCGAGGGGGUUGUGGGGGCCGUUGACCAGUCGCAGUGGCACUCGUUGCACAGCGAGAGGCCUGCGGCGCAGCUGCAGUCUAAAAAGAGGGGUAAAAAAGUUCGACAUCGGAGGGCAGAGUCCCCUACACCAGAUAUCAAAGUAAAGAAGGACAAAUACAACAAAGGAGGGAACACCCUUUACCUGUGGCAGUUUCUGAUGGAGCUGCUGCAGGACCGGCAAGUCUGUCCUCGUUACAUCAAGUGGACCGAUCCGCAGGCGGGCAUCUUCAAGCUGGUCAACUCCAAAGCCGUGGCCCGGCUGUGGGGCAAACACAAGAACAAACCAGACAUGAAUUAUGAGACCAUGGGCAGGGCACUCAGGUACUACUACCAGAGGGGCAUACUGAACAAGGUUGAAGGCCAACGCCUUGUUUACCAGUUCACCUCUCUUCCCCACGACAUGGUUUACAUCACAGACGGAGACUGCUGCAAAGAAGAAGAGGAUGACGAUUUCGACAAAAGCGGAAACGACGAAGGCCUGAGUGACAGUACCGUCUCUAGUGAGCAGUCCGCAGAGGAAGAAGAGGACGAGGAGGAGGAGGAAGAGGACGAAGAGUGUCUCCAGCCGCCGCUAAAGAAGGCGUUGUCGGUCUCUUCGCGGGCGGCGGCCUCACAGCGGCCCAGGUCGAGCCCCAAGCCGUCAGCUCAGCGCGACACCGUGCUGCGGCCCGCCGGCGCCAGCCUGAUCCAGGAGCAGCACCUGCCCAUCGUGUCCGCCGAGAUGCUGAGGACGCUGCAGAACCUGCAGAAGGUCCGCUCCCUGCAGCCCGCCGGCCAAGCGUCCGUCUUCAAAACGGCUCAGCUGCUGGGCAGCCUGUGCGAGAGGCAGGCUGCGUCCGAGACGGCCGCGGACGGCAGAGGGGCGCCGCAGAAGUCGCACGCAGCGCAGAAUGCUCCACACCUGGUGCCUCCCACAAGCUCCGACCAAUAAAUACGGAUCAAAGCUGAUCUGAAACACACACACACACGUGCCCGUUCACUCCACUGACUCAGGAACUCUUCCUUAGCUGUACUUUGCUGCAACGUCGUCUAAACGCCAGUCAAAAGAAGGAACUUCUGAAUUUGCCUUCUCGUUUAAGCGUGGCAUGAAUCGGGUGUCUUGUGGCGUCUUUGUGUGGACGAUAUUUGCAGAAACCACAAACUCCUGGUUACCUUCAAGUAAAAAAACAGCCUUAGAAGAUGUCCUUUUUUAGUUUGUACACUUGGUUGUGUUUUGUAUCUCCAAGCUACUCUGGACACCAAAGACAGACAUGCACUGGAAUCCUCAGCCUCUCUGCAGCUUCUGCAGACACAGCCUUCGCUCGCACUUCCACUUCAGGUGUCUUGGAGUCUCUUCUCAAGCCAUCGCUCUGAUUCACCCUUCUCUGCCUUGUUAUGUUAUUUAAUGUACAACCACAUGCUGAAUCAUUCCUUUGCCUUCAAAGCAGCUUGUUUGCACUAUGAUCUUCACUCUGCUGUACGUUUCCUCUCUAAGUGCCUAAAAGUCUUGAUCCUGGCCCCGCUUUCUCUCUUUUUGACAAUCAUGAGAUCUGAAAGGGAAAAACAUUCCAUAUAAUUUUUUUAUUAUUAUUAUUAUUAUGAAUAUCACUGUUGUUGUAUUUUAAGUCGUCUAAGCCUGUGUCAGGAGAUGUUAAAAAGGAGGGAUGGCUUUUUGCUGCUGUUAAAUGUUUGGCCUUUCUUUUCUUGACAAUCACAAGUGAAGUGCUUCUUAUGAAUUUGCAUCGUAACUGUAACGUCUUGCUGUUUGGACACUGUGCAUAUAUAUAUAUAAGCCUUGGAUGUAUAUUAUAUACUGUAUGUUUGAAUGUGCUCCUGCUCUGUUGCCAUAUUGCCCCUCAGGUUUAUUAUUUUUUUCUCUACUCUGCAGAGACCGUGUGCUCUGUGUAAGGAGUAUAAUGGGCCGACUGCUGAUAAUGAAGUAAUUAGUCCGGUGUUUCCUCCCGCCUUGGCCUUAAUGUAGCCUCACAAAGCCAGCCUGCAAUAUUCAGCUCACUCUGCAUUUAAAUUGUACUCUGCAGGAGCAGGGCUGGCGUUUGUCAGGCUAAACUUAGUUAGGAGAUGCUUACGCAGUGACUGUGCCUUUGCCUGUAGGGAGCCGCUAUGCAAAACCGCUUCUCACUUUAUUAAGCCAUUUGUCUCAGACUCCCCUCACCUGCGCUAUCUAGGUGUCUCCUGAUACGGUUGAUACAGUAUAGGACCGGCCUUAAGUAGUGGAGGGGGAGAAUUUCUGUUGCCUUAUUUCUUUUGUAUGUUCCCCUUCACGCUGUCUAGAGAUGGUGGAUGAAAUAAAGAAAAAUUGGUGGGAAAUCUG